AUGGAAGGGACAGAGCCCGUGGGCACAGAAGAGAGACCAUCGAGCUCUGGAGAGCAGGAGUCGGGCCCCGCCUGGAGGAGGCGGCUGAGCCCGGGGGUGCGUGUGGGAGCUGCGGGCAGGGAGGAAGGCGCUGGGCCCGGGAAGCCGGGCCGAGGGGGACUUCCGACGGCCCUCUGCCUCCUUCCCGAGACAUGGGACCGUCCACUCCGUCCGCGCCCGGGUCGCCCCUCGGGUGACGUCCGGCCGCGGCCUCCGGGAAGCCGGCGUGGAGGACGGAGGGCAGAGGGUGGGCGCGGAAGGCCGGACCGAGCGGGGCGGAGCUGGGCGGAGGGCGCCGGCCUCCUCCCCCUCCUCUCAGGUGACAGAGCCCGCCGGCCCCCGCCCCGCCCCACCGCAUAUCCAGGAGGCCCGGCCCACCCCGUCCCCAGCCGCCAGCGCCGCAGCGCCCGAGUCUCCGCCGUCGGUGCGAGCCCGGACCCGAGCCCCCUCGGUGCACUGCCGCCCGCUAUGGCCGCCGCGGCCGCCCCCCGCAGCCUCCUUGUUCUCCUGCAGGUGCUGGGUCUCGCCCUGGCGCAGAUCGUAAGUCCCAGGGCCACUCCAGGCCGGGUUCAAGGGCGCGGGGUCUGGGGCCCGGGAUUCAGGAUGCGGAGUCUGCGAAGGGCUCUGCCCCCGUCGCAUCCUCCACGGCCGCCGCCUGGCCCGAGGGGGCGCCGGGGACGGUCCGAGGGUGCAGAAACUGCGCGAGGCGGCAGGGCCGGCCCCCGGCGCUGGCAGCCCCGAAGGCCCAGGUGGCAGCGAGGACAAUGGUGCCCAUUCACGGCGCUGCGGAGCCUCCGCCCCCGCCGCUUCCCAGGGGGCGCCGGCUCCAGCCAGACGCCGCUGUGUCCCCGCGGCGGCCUCUCUGACAGCUACCAGCCGCGCGCGCCGUGCGUGCGAGGAUCCGCGGGCUCUGCGGGCGCUCACUGGGUCCCGAGCGCAACCGCGGGCACCGUCCAGGCGCCGUCUGGUGCCAGGUGCGGUGCGCAAUUCGCCUUCUGGGCGCCAGUGUGUGAACCACCGAGCCCCGGAGGGCGAGGGCGCCUGGCCGGCUCCGGACCCCGGACCCCAGACCCGCAAGGGGCCGCGGUGCUGGGGAAGGGGCGCUCGGCGUGGGAGGGGAGCAGCCUCUCCGCCCUCCCCCGACGUGCGCUUCCUUUCCCUGUGGCAUCCCCAUUGCCCACUGGCUUUCACCCUCACCAGGGGGACGGGAAGGGGCACCCACACACCCUGGAUACCCGUGGUUCCUCUAAAAAUAACAACACUGAUGGCAUUCACCGAGUCUGCUGGGCACCCCCUGGCAUCCUGGCUGGCGCUGAUCCGAGCCGUCAGCAUCCUCCGUCUCUCCCGUGCGAGACAGCGCGAGGGCCGCUUGGCACGGCGGAGGCUGCCGGGCAGACCCGGGAAGGAACUGGCCGUGCCCCGCACUCUCUGUGCGCCCACCCUGCGCAUCCAUACGCUUUCUUUUCUUCCACUGCACCUGGGGCUGAAACAAGAGGGCCGCCAGGAGAGCCGGGGCCUCCAGGGCCCCCGGGGCCGCCGGGAGUGCCGGGAUCCGACGGCAUCGACGGUGACAAGGGGCCUCCUGGGAAAGCUGGCCCUCCGGGACCCAAGGGAGAGCCUGGCAAAGCCGGGCCAGAUGGAGCAGACGGGAAGCCGGGGAUUGAUGGUUUGACUGGAGCCAAGGGGGAGCCCGGGCCCAUGGGAGCCCCUGGAGUCAAGGGCCAGCCUGGGCUCCCCGGCCCUCCGGGCCUGCCGGGCCCUGGUUUCGCUGGACCACCUGGACCGCCUGGACCUGUUGGCCUCCCUGGAGAGAUCGGAAUCCCAGGCCCCAAGGGGGAUCCUGGACCAGAGGGACCCUCAGGGCCCCCAGGACCUCCUGGGAAACCGGGCCGCCCAGGGACCAUCCAGGGCCUGGAGGGCAGCGCAGACUUCCUGUGUCCAACCAACUGUCCUGCGGGAGUGAAAGGGCCCCCGGGGUUACAGGGCGUGAAGGGGCACCCGGGCAAACGUGGGCUUCUUGGUGAUCCUGGCCGCCAGGGGAAGCCGGGCCCCAAGGGAAAUGUGGGAGCCUCCGGAGAGCCAGGCAUCCCUGGACCCCCGGGUCCGCAGGGCAUCAGAGGCUACCCAGGCAUGGCGGGACCCAAGGGAGAGAUGGGUCCUCAAGGGUACAAAGGCAUGGUGGGCUCCAUCGGUGCUGCAGGGCCACCGGGUGAAGAAGGCCCACGGGGGCCACCAGGCCGAGCUGGGGAGAAGGGAGAUGUGGGCAGCCCGGGUGUUCGAGGACCCCAGGGGAUCACAGGCCCGAAGGGAGCAGCCGGCCCCCCAGGCAUCAACGGCAAAGAUGGGACCCCAGGCAUGCCUGGCAUGAAGGGCAGUGCAGGAAAGGCGGGGCGGCCAGGGAGCCCAGGCCACCAGGGCCUCGCAGGUGUUCCAGGCCAGCCCGGGACAAAAGGAGGUCCUGGAGACAAGGGUGAGCCAGGCCAGCAGGGCCUCCCUGGAUUCUCUGGUCCCCCUGGGAAGGAGGGAGAGCCAGGACCUCGAGGGGAAAUUGGUCCCCGUGGCAUCCUGGGGCAGAAGGGUGACCAGGGUGAGAGGGGCCCCGUGGGGCAGCCAGGCCCUCAAGGACGCCAGGGCCCCAAAGGGGAGCAAGGAUCGCCGGGAACUCCAGGGCCCCAAGGCUUGCCGGGCAUCAAGGGUGAAAAGGGCUCCCCAGGGAAAACCGGGCCCCGCGGCGGAGUGGGCGACCCUGGCGUGGCAGGCCUCCGCGGAGAGAAAGGCGAGAAGGGCGAGUCUGGAGAGCAGGGACCUAAGGGACAGCCAGGAGUCCGCGGAGAACCCGGCUACCCCGGCCCCAGCGGGGAUGCGGGCGCCCCCGGCGAGCAGGGCUACCCCGGGCUCCCCGGACCUCGAGGAAUGGCCGGAGAUCGCGGCUUACCAGGACAGCCCGGGAGACAGGGCGUGGCGGGCCGCGACCCCAGUGACCAGCACAUCGUGGACGUGGUGAUGAAGAUGAUGCAAGAACAACUGGCAGAGGUAGCUGUGAGUGCCAAGCGUGAAGCCCUGGGUGCCAUGGGCAUAAUGGGCCCACCAGGACCCCCGGGGCCCCCUGGGUACCCAGGCAAACAGGGACCCAAUGGACAUCCUGGCCCUCGGGGCAUUCCUGGCAUCGUGGGAGCCGUGGGUCAGAUUGGCAACACCGGGCCCAAGGGCAAACGAGGAGAGAAGGGUGAUCAAGGAGAAGUGGGACGUGGACAUCCCGGGAUGCCCGGGCCCCCCGGGAUCCCAGGACUCCCUGGCCGCCCUGGCCAGGCCAUCAACGGCAAGGAUGGAGACCGAGGGUCCCCGGGGGCUCCAGGAGAGGCUGGCCGGCCUGGCCUGCCGGGACCCGUGGGGCUGCCAGGCUUCUGUGAGCCGGCGGCCUGCCUUGGAGCUUCGGCCUACACGUCUGCCCGCCUUGUAGAACCCGGAUCCAUCAAGGGGCCGUGAGCAUGAGGCCAGGACAGAGCCUUCUGCGGGGGAGGGAGGAGGUCCCCUCCGGGUGGACGUGCACCCCAGCCCGCGGCCCAGGAACCUCACUUCCCCGGGACCUUCUGAAUGGGACCCAAGAGUCUUGAAGAAGUGGAAUAUUCUAGAACACGGGGGAAGGGAAGGCAUCGGAGUGCACAGAUGAGGCCCAUGGUCAGGGCCAGUGUCGCUGGGGAGUAGAGCUCCCAAGGCAAGUGGGGGGCUCUCCUCCCAGAGCCCCGCUCCGCUGUUAGCAGACCAAACAUCCCCCAGCCCUGCUCCGAGCUCCGCCAGCCAGCCAGCCAGCCAGCCAGCCCUUGCAUCCGGGAGCAGGUGGACGGAAUCUCUGCUGCACCCUGAUCCUGCUGUCACUCUCCGAACAUACUGGGUGACUGCUGGUGCGCGACGGCCCUGAGGGGGCCUUCCUGAGCCAGCGCAUGGGCUCCUUUCUGGCCCCCAGCUGAGUAUUUAAGCACCUGGCGCCCUUCUCUCUGGCGUUGUGGGCCCCCCCCCCCCCGAAAUUCACUCAGGCUUUUCUGUAAAUAAAAGCCCCCAGCUUGGGCACAA